UAUAGAGCGGAAGAGGAGAGUCUGCUAAGAGAGAACCCGACAACUUUCCAGAACCCAGAACCUUUUCCGGGGUCCAGGACCUUUUCCAGGAUCUACAGCCUUUGCCCAGUGGAACUUUUCGACAUGCCUCAACAGGCUGGAUACUCCCCGAGCUUCAAGCGACCUGCUGAAGUCCUCCGAAUGAGGAGGAGACGAUCCGGACUUGGAGGUUCCUCCAGACCCACAGAAAGCUCCGGACUAAACGGGUCUUCCACGGCCUGCCCACGCCCGUUCUCCCCGGGGCCACUUUCUUUCCAGAGAAACCCCCCCACGAGAAGGGGGGCGAAACGAAGGAACCCGUUCGCGAAUCUGGGAAGUCCACGUAGUCCUAAGAAGAACCGUGUGGCCGAAGCAGAUGGCGCGAGAGACGAGGAGUCCUCGCUCAGAGACUGUCUGCAGCUUCUGGAUUCCAAUGAGGGGUCCCUGGAGCAGGGACCUGGACCUCAGGACCUCCAUGAGGGGUCCCUGGAGCAGGGACCUGGACCUCAGGACCUCCAUGAGGGGUCCCUGGAGCAGGGACCUGGACCUCAGGACCUCCAUGAGGGGCCCCUGGAGCAGGGACCUGGACCUCAGGACCUCCAUGACUGGUCCCUGGAGGCAGACCACCAGGACCCGGGACCUCAGGAGAACAUCCACGGCACGAACCCUGGCUGUGAUGCUGCCUCCUCCCGAAGCGAGUACCCGGCGGACUGGAGCUUGAAGACCCGCCUCCUGUUCACCUCGCCCCACUCGCUGUCGUGGGCCGAGCAGCCCCGGGCCCAGGAGGAGGCCCUGGGUCUGCACCAGCACUGCAGGGCUCGGUUCAGCCCUCUGCCUCGCAGCCUCUCGGAUCCCCGGUCCUGUUCGGAGCUGCGCGCCGCCUUCCAGCAGGCGCUGGUGUACUGGCAGCACCCGUCCCUGCCCUGGCUCUCCAUGUUCCCCCGGAUCAAUGCCGAGAAGAGCUUCGGCGGGCAGAACCGGCCCUGGGCUCAGGACGGCGCCGUGCAGCAGAGUCUGAGGAGGGAGUGGUCGCUCAGCCUGUCCUCCCUCUACAGCCUGCUCAAGUCCAGACUCUGUCCAUACUUCUACCUUUGCUCCUACCAGUUCACAGUGUUAUUCAGGGCUGCAGGUCUUGGAGGGUCCAGCAGUAUCACGGCCUUAAUCUCUCCAACAACCAGAGGCCUGCGAGAGGCCAUGAAGGCUGAAGGCAUCGAGUUCAGCGUUCCUUUAGUUGAGGAGCGGAGCAAGAGGAGGCGAGAGCGUGAAGAACAGGAGGACAGGUUGCAGGAAGGUGCAGAUCUCCAGAGCAGUGAUGGAGAAGAUGAGGACGGCAGCUUUGACUGGCUGAAGGAGAUGGGAGUGCAGGACAAGAUCAAGACGCCUGAAGGCCUCCUGAUGCAGCUGCAGAAGGAGAACCGUGCCGUGUCCCUGGACCACAAGCCCGAGUCUGUGGCGCUGGUGGACGGACAUCACACCUUCACCCUCAUCAACUUCCUCAUCAACUCCAAGAGCCUGGUGGCGGCGGCGGGGUCCCAGGCCGGGCUGCCCCCCACCCUUCUGUCCCCGGUGGCCUUCAGAGGAGCCAGCAUGCACCUGCUGAAGAGCCGCUGUGUGAACGUCAAGAGCCAGGUGGAAUUCAGCUACCAGAACAUCAGCAGUCUGGAGAUCACAGGACCGGUCCUGCCCUCCUCUCUUCAUACGAUCACGAAGCUUCUCCAGCGUUCCCAGAAAGGGGAGUUCUGGUCGGUUCUGUCCACCCACAGACCCACUGCUGUUCUGAACACAGCCGGCACCCAGCUGCAGGGGGGACCAGCGCCCAGACCUGAGGACCUGUCCUCCUGUGGACUCCAUCCUGACAGUGUCCAGCAGCUCCUGCAGCCCUCCAGCCUGGGGAAGACGGCCCUGACACACAUCAAGAUGAGUCAGAACCGCUACAGCUGGAAGAACUGACAGGACAUACUCCCCAUCCAGAUCCACGUUAGAACUUGAUCCAACCUUAAGACCAGCAACCGAUCAGUCGUUCAUCCAGAUCCACAUGAUAGAGCCUCAUCAAACUAUCUGACCAGUAGCUGAUUCGGUCUGUUCAGGAUCCAGUCCACAUAUCAGAACCUCACUUUCACUCUGACAGGAUCCUCCCUCUUCAUGGAAUUGGUGGGGUUCGAGUCCUACUCUACUCUGAUCAGCGUUCUGCUUCUCAGAAGUGUCUCACAAGAAAGGAAUAGAUAAUCCAGCUGUUUGGUGCGUCAUUUAUCUUCAUUAGUACUAACAUUAUUAUGUUUAUUUUUUUACAUUGUUUUAUUGUCUCUUACUUGUAAAUGAUCAAAAUAAAUAUAUAAUUUCCAA